AUGACUCUUCUUACACACACACCAGGCCCUUACAAAGAUGUUCCACGCUUUUCGCUCCCAGUCGUCUCUGAAAAGACUUUAAAACAUGUUGUAUUGCUUCAUCGCCAUGGAGACCGGAUGUCUGUGCAAGAUUGUGGACUUACUCUCAAGAGUUCUGAUGGUCAUGUCUAUGUUCCUGGUGAGUUGACAGACCGUGGGAAGAGUCAAUUACAGUAUUUAGGUACUGUCUUUCGAACUUACUUAUCCCACUACAAACCCUAUUUUAACGACUUAAACCCUAAAACAGUGAAAGUCCGUUCGACGUUUAUAGAGCGGGCAGUCAUGUCUGCGUGGUCUUUUUUGAGUACAUUUCUUGAUGAAACGAUGACGCCGGACUCGUUUGAAGUUCGCAAAGAUUCUGAAGAAAAUUUGCUUCCGGGGUGUUCGAAAAUGCUUGACGGGUAUUUAGAAGAAAACAGAAAAAAGUGUGACGUGGCGUUUUUGCAGAACCCCAAAAUAGUUGAUUUGUAUCAACGAUAUUGCAGAGUCUACGGAUUGAGUUACGAGGAGAAAGAGUACUCCACUGCGGUUAUAACGAUGUGCGAUACACUCAAUUUGUAUAUGUGCAACGAGUGUCCUUUAAAAGUGAAUGAAAAGGGGGAGGCGUUAAAUCAAGAAGACUUGGCGUUCUCGGACAAAAUUGGUGUACUGUGGUUUCAUUAUCUUGUUGGGCUGGAGUCAACUAUAGCAAAGUUCACGAAUGGCUUUGUGGGGGAUAUCCUCUACGACGUCCAAAAAUCAAUGUUUGGAACACCAAAAAAUGAUUAUAUAUUCCACGAGUACUCAUCACACGAUAUCACUUUGUAUAUGUUCCUCGCACUCUUGGGGUAUGAGACUGAUAAAUGGAUACCACUGGCUUCUUACAUUAUUAUCGAGUUCUUCGAAGAAAAGGACAAAACACUCUCUGUGAGAUUCUCAUAUAAUUCAGAAGUAUUAAAACUUAAGUGUGCUAAUGGAAACGACUUCUGUGGAUGGGAAACUUUCAAAAAAUAUAUCGAAAACGAAAUCAGUUUAUAA